AAUAUUUAUGGUCAAUAGAGGGCGCUAUGACAGCCACAUGUUUCGUUUCGGCGUGGAGGCCGAGAUUGUCAAAACGUAAACAGGGUCAGUACGUGAGUUGCUAUUUUCACUCAUUUUGACUUUUUACACGUAAAUUUUCACGAUGGGAGAGGAAGAUUCAGGGCUGAUGCUGAACCUGGAUUACUCGGGGAAGCGAAAUAAGAGGAAACAUUUUCAAGAAACACGUAAAGAGGUUCUGCAGAGACUGAGAGCACCAAAACCAGACGACGAACCACCACAACAAAAGUUUCUUCAACCAAGACCGUCCACAGCGCAACCAAGAACUGACGAUGCUAACACUACAGGGGCAACACAAGGAGCAGCUGAGAGCAUGGGGAAGCCCAGAGGUCAAGGUGCGGCCAAUAGGUCAAAGGGGACUGGUUCAUCAGGUCAUGGCAAGGUCAUCUCAUCACUGUUCAGAAACAAUCCCAUGAUACCAGAGGUACAAAUGGUGAAAGUGAAGUCAGGAAAGGAGGCAGUCUUCUCAGCCAAAUCAUUUCAUGAUCUUCCCCUCCAUCCACACCUGAUUUCUACACUUGAGAAGUCUCUAGAGUUCAGUCACAUGACCAGCGUUCAACAGCGAGCAAUUCCUUACAUUCUAAACGGCAGAGACACGAUGGUCAAAUCACAAACUGGGUCGGGAAAAACCCUUGCCUACGCUGUACCCAUUGUCAACUCACUUCAGGGUCGUGACCCCAAGGUUCAAAGGUCAGAUGGACCCUACGUGCUCAUUCUUGUACCAACGAGAGAGCUAGCCUUACAAAGCUUUGCUACACUUCAGAAAGUCUGCAAGCCAUUUGUGUGGAUAGUACCCGGCUACCUGAUGGGUGGUGAAAAGAUGAAAUCUGAGAAGGCGCGGUUAAGGCGUGGCAUCAACAUCCUGGUGGCAACACCCGGCCGUCUCUUGGAUCACAUUAAGAACACGGGGACGCUGAAACUAGACAAGGUGCAAUGGCUGGUCAUGGAUGAAGCAGAUAGGUUACUGGACAUGGGAUAUGAUCGGGAUGUAUCCCUCAUUCUCAACGCGCUGAAUGAGAAAUGCCCUCAACGCCAAAAUAUAUUCCUGUCGGCCACUCUCUCAGAAGGCGUUGAACGACUUGCAGACAUGACUCUAAACGAUCCUGUCGUCAUUGAUAUGGCGAAAGAGAAACAAUCAGCGAGGGCGGUAGAACCAUUCCCAGACCAUCUCCAAGAGGAACCGACUGAAGGAACCGACAAUAAGAACGGGAGUGGAGUCGCAGAGGAUGAUACCAAGGUGGACUUUACCACUCCGGACGGACUCCAGCAAUUUUUUGUUAUUGUCCCCAGUAAACUGAGACUUGUAUCUCUGGCUGCGUUCAUUUUGAAACGAGCUCAGACUACCGGUGACUGUAAGAUGUUAGUCUUUCUCUCAAGCCGUGACUCGGUUGAGUUCCACUACACACUAUUCAAAGAAGGCAUCAAGACAGUAGUGGCCAAUCUGAACCUGCUUGUAUUGAGACUACACGGGAGCAUGACACAAGAGGAGCGAACUGAGGUAUUUCACAAAUUUCAAGAAGCGCCGUCUGGUAUACUUUUAUGCACGGAUGUCGCAGCUCGUGGGUUAGACUUGCCCAAAGUCAAGUGGAUUGUCCAGUAUAACACGCCGGGUUCGCCAGAGGACUACGUUCAUCGUGUCGGCAGGACAGCCAGGAUCGGCGCGAAGGGGCAGUCGCUACUCUUCCUUACCCCAGCUGAAGUCCAGUACCUAGAGACGCUUAGCCAUCAUAAAAUCAACGUUCGGGAGAUAAACUCUGAUAGUUUACUCUCCACCCUCCUGACUGUAAACCUCUCGUCCUCCGCACCAGCUGCAGGGAACCAUCACUACCAGCCUAUACGGAAUGCACAGGAGGCAGCCGGUGCCCUGCAGCGGGUGUUUGAGGAGUUUGUGAAUAAUGAUAAGGCUCACUCCGUGUUGGCCGUUAAAGCGUUCCAGUCUUUUGUCCGUGCCUACGCUACGUACCCAACGGCCUUUAAACACAUCUUCCACACCAAGAAACUCCACCUCGGCCACACGGCCAAGAGCUUCGGGCUUAGAGAAGCGCCCUCACACAUCACCGUUGGGCUAGUCAACCAGCAACCUGGAGGAAAACGAAAACCAAAAGGAAAAAGGACACACGAGGGCCGGUUACCGAGCGUUAAACAGCAGAUUCUGGCGGAGUACUCCAGCGGUCUUGAUGGGAGCUCAGGGAAGAUGGCCAAACGCCCAAAGCUGUCACUGUCUAAGAGGAAAACCACACCCAAAAGACGAUUGAAGGGGCGUCGACUAUAA